GGAAAUGCGCCCAUGAGUUAUUUGUCUGCGAGUAACAAAACGCCGAUGGCUCACGCCGAGCUCUCUCACUCCACCCGCUCGCACUUAUCGCCUCCCCUCCCCUCCUCCCAAACUCGACCACCCCUUAUUCUCUCUCUAGAUCUAGGUUCGCUUCUUGUUCUUGUUGGAGUUCAAUUCAAGGAAUUGGUGAUCUGUAGUAGCUUUUGUUUGGAUCUCGGGAAUGGAAGCGGUUUGUAUCAUUCAUCUAUAGAUCUCUGGGGUUCGAAAUGGAGGGUUUCAACCCGAAGGAUUUCUCGACGAUCGGAGGGAUCGCGACCAUAUCUCUGCUCCAUUCCUUCAUCCCCACCCACUGGCUCCCUUUCUCCAUUGUCGGUCGCGCCCAGAAAUGGACCCUUUCCAGAACUCUCCUCGUCACUGCAUUUGGAGCGGUCCUGCAUGUGGUUUCAACCUCACUGCUUGGCAUUGCUGCAAUUACCAUGGCCACUACAAUUGCUGGUGAGGAAACAGUGCAUAGGCUUGCAUCCUUGCUUCUCAUAAUUCUUGAAGGAAGUUAUGUUCUGCUAUUCUUAUUUGGUAAGGGAGGCCACAGUCCCUCCCACAACCAUCCUUUGGAGAACAUGGCUGUGGCUGGACUUAUUCUUGUACCAGCAUUAUCUCCUUGUGCAACAACACUUCCUGUUUUCCUUACUGUUGGCAACUCCUCAUCUAUGAUGGUGCUAGCUAUUGUUGUGCUUCUAUUCAAGUAUGCCUCUAUAUGUACUUUGGUUUUGUAAAAGGAAC